AUGAUAUUUCUUGGUAUUGGAUAUCUGAUCAUCUUCUUAAAAAGAUACGGAUACAGUUCUGUUGGUUAUAAUUUCUUCCUUGGGGCUAUCUCAAUCCAGUGGUAUAUUAUUGUUGCGGGAUGCUUAAGUCAUCGUGGAACAACAGGCUUUGAUAUUGACAUCAAUAUCAAGAGGUAAUAGCUUGGCAUGACUAUUUGUAUAUUUACUUACAGUUGAUAUGUGCGAAAAAAUGAGCUGCAAAUUACUAUUUUGGGCCGAUGGGACUGAGUUAUCAUACCGCAGACUACGCUAAUAUCUCAGUAACGUACAUAUAGAAUUAAAUCAAUAACAUAGGCGGCGAAAGAUUGCUUUAUGCAGUAGUUUGUGGGGGGGGGGGAAACUAACUCUAGGUGAUCCGGAAGCAUAUGUGUUUCCCCAGAAAAUCGUGAAAUAUAGACCCCCUAAACUCAAUGGAAUCUUCUGCGUCCGGACGAAAGAUUUAACACCCCGAAAUCUCGAUUUAACUUCCUACAACAACUGUUUCAAAUCACAUACAUAACGGGGUAUUACAAAUAUUUAAGAUAUAAUAAAUUAUAACCCCUUUCGAUCUGGUCAACAAUUUUAUCUAAAACAUUUGUUACAGAAGAGAAAUUCCCUUUAUUUUGCCAUCCCUGAGGUUCAUACUUCGUCUAAAUGAAUGAAUUUGAGACGGGGAGCCUGAUAUAAUCAAGCUUAGUAAAAUCAUUUUCUUAGGCAAGAAUUUCAGUGAACAUAUUGUUUUGUAGUUUAAUUACAGGAUUGUUUGCUGCUGCAGUUGUUCUUAUUUCAUUCGGUGUAUACAUGGGCAAGGUCAGCCGUAUACAGUUGCUUGUCAUCAUGGUUAUCGAAAUCGUAAUGUAUGCAGUCAAUGAAUUUAUUGUGUUGGAAGAGCUGCAAGUUGCUGAUAUAGGUGGUUCAAUGAUUGUUCACAUGUUCGCAUGUUACUUUGGUAUGGCUGUCACUUUCGUACUCAGAAGACCUGAAGAUACGAAUAAUAAUCCAAAAGAAGCUCCAGUGUAUCACUCAGAUUUAUUUGCAAUGAUCGGUAAUACAUUCUUAUCUAUACUACAUUUGUAAUACAACCAUUUUAAGUUGAAAAACUGCAUGCGGCCGGCAUAUGUGAAAUGUAUCUAAUGACAUGAUUUGCCAAUAAGCUUAUGAAUUAUGAGUGUUUUAAUAUUUUUUUAAAAGAUUCAUGGUUUUGACAUAAUAUUAGUGAACGAGUGACGUCAUAACGUUGACGUGGAAAUACGAACACGAAAUUUGGAAACACGACUAAAACAAUAUGGCGCCACCUAAUAUAGCUCCGGCUGUGUUUGCGUUUAAAAGAAACAACUUUUAAAACAUGAAGAAGAAUUAUCAACGACGAUUUAAAAUAGUUUAACGUAUUUAUGAAAGAAAAACAGAACGAUUUUCUGCAAAUGGCAAUUAGAAAAAGAACUGGUCAUUAUUAAAACAAUUAUUGAAUUUAAUUGGUUUUCGGAAGUUAUGAAGGAUUACCAGCCCUCAGUUUGUGCCAUCAACUUGAGCCUUCGGCUCCGGUGAUAGCACAAACUUCGGGCUUGAUAAUUCUUCACAUCUUGCUCUACCUCAUUCAACAUAGUCCUACUAAUAAUAGAUAUUUAUUAUACUCUUUUCUCUUCAAUGUCCAAUGUGAUUAAAUGUUUUAAUUAUUGCCAAAGAGAGAUUAUGGACUUUUCAAAAGCAGACUAAAAAUUGUGAAAUGCGCCAAAUCUUGACGGCACUGAAUUCAAGAAGUUUAAAGGUUGCAUGUACUAAUGAGCUUAAACUAUUAUGACAUUACGCUCAUACACUAGAUAAACUUAAAAUUUGAAAUUUGCUACUUGUACUCACUUUUAUUCAUGCAAGUAAUUUCCAAUGGUCCCUCAAGUCAUUGUUCCAAGUACUUGAGCGAUAAUCAACAUUGAAACAAGAGAGUAACAGGGGUCGAAGUCAAUUCUGUUAACCGAAAGUCAAACAAAAUUAGAUAACACGGAUCAAUUGAAAAUCAGAAAACUUAAAGUGGAAGUCAAGUCCGUAAUGUAAAGAAACGGUUUGUUUACAUUUUGAACUGCUGUAUUUUUUAAAAUAUGAUGUGCUGUCUGAAUAUCUAACACCAUUUUGGUUCGCUAUGCUUCUAAAUGAAUAUGAAAUAGAAUUUAUGUUCAGAAAAAUUCGAAACAUUCGAAAUUUGGGCAAUGUUCACAUUAGAGGUCCCCACAUUGUUAUGAGCAGAACCGAUGCGCAGAAUGGACUUGAAUACCACUUUAACGUGCACAUGACAUGAAAAUUUCUCCCCAAUUUUUAUGCACACUUAAAAGUACCUUAAAAAUGAUGAACAAUGGCCUUAACAAUUUAUUCACAGCUCAUCUCAUGCCCAAAUUGUCGGGCAUUUUGUAUUUUUGUGUUAUGACGUCGUGGUUGUACUUAAGGAUGCCAGCAAAAGAAGUGAUUCGACGAAAUUAAAUGAAAUUUAGUAUUUUUGCUAUUUUAUAAUAUAACUUCUAAGAUGAAGACGUAUUAUCUGUUCGAAGGUUCUUUAUUCCUGUGGUUAUACUGGCCAUCAUUCAACAGUAUCUUGGUUGCCCCUGGCAACGACAAACAACGUGCUGUGAUCAACACCUAUCUGUCACUCACCGCUUGCACUGUAUCAGUUUUUGCCACUUCUGCGUUUGUGAAUAAAGAAAAAUUGCAGAUGGUAAGAUCUACUACAAGUCCCUAAUAAAUGUGCCGAAUCAUUAUUUUUGAAAAGCAUUAUUUACUAGUCUGGUAGUAAAUAAUGCGUCAGAUUUACUAGUCAAGUAGUCGAUAAUUAAUUUAUACUAAUCUGCAUUAUUCUUUUCGUGAAAUUCAUGAAUAAUAGACAAAUUUAGCUAACGUUGUUUGUAUCGUUACUAUCCAAUUUACAACUUUAGAUAACUCACAUGUCUAGUUACUAUUGUUCUAGUGUCCAGAAGCAUAUAAUAGGACAAUUUAAGGUAACUAUAAGCAUUAGAAUUAUGUAUAAGAGUUAUUCACUCGUGGCGAUAAUUCUCAAGCUUGGUUAUCUUUGUUCUAUUUCUCAGUCGUCAGAGCAAGCGUCUUUCACCUCUGAGAUCGUGGGUUCAAUUCACGCUACGGACUCACCUGAAAAGAGUCAGUCAAGGCUCUGCCGAAAGUCGUGGGUUUUCUCCGGGCGCUCCGGUUUCCUCCGACAGGGCAAGUUGGCAGGGUGGGUUAGGAUAAAAACAUGAACACAGUUAUGAAAGUAAUAUCACAAUUGUUGAAAAGAUAAAUAUUCUAAGCUAAGAAAUUAAGUAACAUAAACAUAAGCGUAAUACUUGAGUGAGCUCAAUAAUAAUGUAAUAAUUCUAUGCUUCUCAGUUCAAACUAGGACAAUAAUAACUUUGAGCCUCUGAGGCUUGAUUUCCUACAUUCUAAAACACAAAUAUUCAACGUAGACAGACUGAGUUUCCAGUAUAAGGUUGGGUUAAGGAAACAUAAAAACACACAUCGGAGGAUACAAUUAUCCCUUUUCCCCCUUAUAUUUUAGACAAAAGGGAUCUAUACUUAUACUGGAGGGCCAAAAUAGCUUAGUGGCAAACGGGGGGCUGCGAGGCCUUGCGCACUCCAGCUCCAUUUUAUAUGUUAUUGAAAUAGUAAUUUAAUGUGUUGGAAACAUACUGCGAUUUUAUCUAGUUUCAGAUAGUUUCAAUUUAUUUACGUUUUUAUUUCCAACAAAUAUGUACUGUCUUGCAUUUCUAAUCUAUAGUUGUUCAAGGUUUGCCCAUUUUCAUUUCAGGCGCACGUUCAAAAUGCUGUUCUGGCAGGAGGUGUUGCUGUUGGUACGACAGCAAAUAUGUUGAUUCAACCAUGGGGUGCGAUCUUGCUUGGAACUUUGGCCGGCAUUAUCAGUGUUUGCGGAUUCUACUACGUUCAGGUAAAUAUAUGUUACUGAGAGGUCUGGACAAGAAGAUAUUAGUCAAGUUGAGGGAAAUGUCACAUUAUGUUUGCCGGCGUACCGUCUUGUUAGUGUACAGCUGUUAACUUUUAUACCCAAAGAAAUAACAUCCUGUAUAGGUAAUUGUACAGGUUACUGACUUAUACCUAAAGUAUAAGAAAACGUAUAAAGUAUUUUAUAUACAGUAGAAAUAGCGAACAAACCUAUUGUUAAGUUUCUGGAUUUUGAUUCAUGCAUAUAUAUAUUGCUAUUAGUAAGGUCAAAACCUCAAAUCCCGUGACCAACCCCCGGCUAGUAAAGUUUGAUGAUUUAUUUAUGUUCUUUAGGAUAUUUAUCGUAAAAUAAGCUUCCAUGCCGGUCGGGAAAGUUUGGGCACAAAUCUGUAGAGCGAAAAAUGUAAAAACAAUAGCAUGGCAGCCAUCUUGAAUAAAUUAUUGUUUUAGCGAAAGCUAUAGAAUAUUCAAAAAGACUUUUUUCUGGACUUUUACAACGAAUUCUGACAUAAGACAAGCAGAAGGAACCUAUUUCACGGAAACUAUCCGAAUAUCGCCGCUAAAACAUAGUCUCGUCAAUAACUCGUAGCCCGGCAUAAUGGUAAACACCACCACUUUUUAGGAACUUUAACCCUCCACAAUGGACAAUAUAGUUUGAAAAUCAUACUACUGGUUUAAAUGUCUUAUAUUGAUUUUCGUGCCAGCUAUCUACUGAUAUAGAUGUUUUUACGUAAAAAUGAACAUGAAAUUUUCAGUUUUUCUCAAUAAUAGUACUUUAGUGAGAAAUAGAGAAAAAUGUCAUUAAAUCAAUUUUUACACGGUUUAUAGGAAAUAUCUCGAAGGUUUCUAUAUCCAAUGUUAUUCAGUAUGCAUUAAAGUGUCGCUAUACCACGUUUGUUACUUUUAUAACAAACUGAACACUAGUUUUUCUUUUGAAUAUUUUUACCGUUCUGCCGGACUACGAGAGUACGAGUUAUUGACGAAACUAUGUUUUAGCAGCGAAAUUCGAAUAGUUUGCGUAAAAUAAGUUCCUUCUGCUUGUUUUAUGUCAGAAUUCGUUGUAAAAGUCCAGAAAUAAGUCUAUUUGAAGAUUCUAUAGCCUUUGCUAAAACAAUAAUUUAUUCAAGAUGGCCGCCAUGCUAUUGUCUUUACAUUUUUCGCCCUACAGACUUGUGCCCAAACUUUCCCGACUGGCAUGGAAGCUUAUUUUACGAUAAAUAUCCUAAAGAACAUAAAUAAAUCAUCAAACUUUACUAGCCGGGGGUUGGUCAAGGGAUUUGAGGUUUUGACCCUACUAUAUACAUAUUGCAUGCAAUGAUAAGUAAUCCUGUAUGAUUUACAAAAUAUUGUAAUGGGCGUGUUUAUGGGAGGGGGAUAGUGCGCCUGAACUCAAGAGAGUCAGGGAGUGCGCAGUAAAGCGAAUUUGGUUGUGUAAGGCCUUGGAAAUCCCAAAACGCGAUACUGACAAUUCUGAACAAGUUACGUUUCUUUGCAACAGCCUUAUCUGAACGAAAAGCUGAAACUUCAUGACACAUGUGGUGUGCACAAUCUUCAUGGAAUGCCAGGGUUGUUGGGAGCACUUGCUGGAGUAGUCGCUGCAAAACUUGCUGAUGUCGAUGAUUAUAAAGAUAGGUAUUCCUAAUUGAAUAGUUUUUCCAUUUUCCAUUAUUUUCUCUUUUGUUCAUUCACCAUGCAACCGUUCUUGUUUGUCAUGAACCAUUCUUGUUUGUCAUGAACCGUUCUUGCCUACUUAGCUGCUUUGAAUUCUUUAAACGUUCUUUCUUUCAUUUUUUUCAAUUCUAUCUAAAAAAUAGCGGUAAAAUGCAAGAAUGUAAAAAUUAAUAAUUAUAUGAAAUGAUUUUCAUAUCCUGGAUAAACCUUGUAAUAGCAAAAAUGCAUGUAUGGUGGUAGCAAGGCAUUAAUUAAAAAGAUUUUUUUUGUUGUAGUUUGGAACAAACAUUUGAAGCUGCUAAGGACGGCCGCUCGUCUUCAAAACAAGCUGGUUAUCAAACAGUUGCAAUCUUAAUAACUCUAGGCAUUUCCAUCGCGUCUGGAGCGAUAGCAGGUCAGUAUGGGUGUCCAAUUAGCACUGAAAUUAAGGCAGUUAUAAAUUAUUCUAAUAGAUUAAUAGAUUAUUCUAAUAGAUUAAUUCUGGCGUUAUAUAGACUGCAAGCAUAUCCGGCGUUAUAUAGAUCUGUUCUAAAAGACCACACGAGUCAGAACACGUGACUGAAAACGAGUGAACGCGAAUGAAUACGAGUUAAAAAUUCAUGAACGAACACGAGUCAAAAAUUCAUGAACACGAACGAACACGAGUUAAAAAUUCAUGAGCACGAGUGAACACGAAUGAAUACAAGUCAAAAAUUAAUGAACACGAGCCAACACGAGUUAAAAUUAUUGAGCACGAGUGAACACGAGUCAGAAUUCAUGAACUCGAGUGAACAUGGGUCAGAAAUUCAUGGACACGAGCCACAAAUUCAUGAAUCUAGUGAAAACAAAUAAAAAAUGAUCUGAUCUGAAACUCCACAUGAGCCGGAACACGAAUGAACACGAGUGAACACGAAUGGAACACGAGUGAAUCUUUGUGAUCACGAGUAUAUCCUUGUGCAGUCCAUCUCUUGAGGGUGGACUGCACAAGGAUAUUUGGUGGACGGGGAGGGCAGGGCGAAAAUACCUACGAAUUAUCAAAUUCACAAGAAAUCCGUUUUGAAUCGCCUUACUACCUCCCCCCGGUCCCCAUAUAUCUUUGUGCAGUCCACCUUGAAGAGAUGUUACUGCAGUGCCAUGCCUAACAUCACAAUCUCCACAAGAAUCAAUUUUACUCUGUUUGUAUUGGCCUAUUAAUAAGUCGUAUUAGUCUUUUUAGUCGUUUAAUUAAGACUUGUAUUUCACUCGUGUUCCAUUCGGCUUUACUCGUGUGCACUACCUCACUUGUGUUCCAUUCGUGUUCACUCGUGUUCCAUUCGUAUUCACUCGUGUUCCAUUCGUGUUCACUCGUGUUUCAUUCGUAUUCACUCGUGUUUCAUUCGUAUUCACUCGUGUUCCAUUCGUAUUCACUCGUGUUCCAUUCGUAUUCACUCGUGUUCCAUUCGUGUUCAUUCGUGUUCUGGCUCGCUAUCGUGUGGAGUUUCAGAUCAGAUCGUAAAAAAAUCAUGAAAACGAGUGAACACCAGUCAAAACUAAUGAAAACGAAUAAAAAAUGAUUGAAUACGACUAAAAAAUACCGAACACGAGUUAAAAAGGUAAAUAAUUAAUAAAAUAAUAAUAAAAACCAUUUAAAAUUAGUCUAUAAUUUUUUUAUUUUCAAACACAGAAAUCACUCGUGGUCACUUUUUGUACUUUUAGACAAGAUCCUCUUAAUUAAGCACUGUUCGAAGUUAUGGCAAUUUGUGCAUUAAAUUAAUUAAAAUUAAAGGGGCAGUAUGAUCAAAAUUUUUAUUUUCUCAAACGAAAGUGCUCGUAAAACUGUAUAAUAACUUGUUUUGAAGAUUUUUGUUCCCAUGCUUAGUUCUUGAGAUAUUUCAUUUUGUUUGUAACCAUGUGACGUCAUCUACUCAAUUACAUAUAUAAUGAAAUCUCAAUUACAUACAUAUAUAAAACAAGUUAUUAUACAGUUUUACGAGCAUUUUUAUUUAAGCUUGGUUUAAAGCAUGAAUUACUAGCCACUGAGCUGUCGAAAAUUUCGGGCAGUAGAACUUAGUUUUCCGUUUGUGGUUAGCGCAGUCUGCCGUAAAUGUCAAUCGUAAGGUGUCUAAUUACCCAGUUUAAGCGGACAUGCAUAUCAGGCUCCAAUUGUAAUAACGUACCUUUGUUAUCUCCCCUAUUCAACAGAGCAAUCCCGUUUAAGCGACCACUGCGCGGCCUCCCAUGACAAGUUUCGGUUUUCACACAGUCAAAGAUUAGAUACUAUAAAGAUGUGCCACUCUGCGAAAAUUAUGUCCGAGAUUUUUUUAUAGCCGCCAUUUUGCCAGUAAGUGUCAAAUCCAACGCCAUCAGUCUCUAAAUAGUAAAAUCCAACGCCAUCAGUCUCGCCGCCAUUUUGGCAGUAAGUGAAAAUUACGGACACGCAAACAUUAGGGAAAUACGUCGAGUGGCACAUCUUUAUGGUAUCUAAUCUUUGACACAGUCUUAACUCUUUAGUUAAUCUUUGACACAGUCUUAACUCUUUAGUUAACAAUAUUAUUAUACAUUUAAUAUGUAUUCUCGUUUCUAAUUGGUCAGAAAGCACCGGCUAAUUUUCAGUAUUCGGCAUUUAUUACGUAUUUUCCGCCGAUGACGUCAUCAGCGUCCAAUAAUUGUUUUUUUUUUGGAUCGAACUUGCAUCCAAAAAAACAAUUAUUGGACUCUCUCGUGCCCAAACCCUUGCGCGGCCAAAAGCUUGAACCUAUAAGCGCGCGAAAAAAACAAACAAACAAUGGCCUACAGCAGAUUUGCUUCGCUGAAUGAAAGUGAACUCUCCAAAUUAUUGGCAGAUAAGGAUAGUGAAAGCACGAAAAAAGCCACAAAUGGGUAAAUAGAAGUAAAAAUAGAAUAUUUAGCUGACCUUACACUUUUUUCUCAUGUCUUUAAAUGUAUAAUAAAACAAUUAUUGGAUUCGGUUUUCGCAUGAUAUCAAGAAUUAUUCAGACCUCGGUCUAUGUUAUCCGCCUCAGCUUCGCUUCGGCAGAUAACAUUGACCUCGGUCUGAAUAAUUCUUGAUAUCAUGCUCAGCCUCAUCCAAUAAUUGCUUAUUGUUCAGCAUUGUUUACCUGAAUAAUGCUGAACAAUAUUGUUAACAAACAGAAACAAAAUGGGAAGCAAAAUAUUGUUCAGGCCUGUUCUCAACAACAGUGUUACAGGCUAGGCGUUUUUUUGCAAUGUACUUGUUCGUCGCGAUGCAUUACUUCAUGUAAACCUUUUAUAUAGUGACUCGUACCCAAGUCGCACGUGAAAUUUUUUUUAGCGCCUGGAGACGAGGCAGGUAUUUAGCUGUAAGCAUACUACGUGCAGUGUAUAUAGUAUGAACAAAAAUAAAAUAAUUUCUGUCUUGUCUUUGGAAUGUUAUUAAAUGAUCUCCUUUCCCAUAUCCAAAUUCAGUCAUUUAUCGUUUCCGUGGCGUUUGCGUUGCGGUGGCAGUUUACUGUAUAUUUUCACUAUAAUCAUGGAGCUCUAUAUUGAUAGUUAUAAGAACAUUCUGUUUUUUUUACUUCAUCAGGUUUUAUAGUGAAACUGAAGAUAUUUGAUUCACCAACACCUCAACAGUUGUUCGACGAUCAGGAUUUCUGGGAGGUGGGUUCUAAACAUGGGCCUCCAUGUAUGGUACUAAUGCCUGUAUUCGUUUAAAUGCCUCCUUCUGAUCGAUAUAGUCUUUACAACACUAGAAUAUGAUUUUAGGUCGUAUGCUCUAGGGAAUUUUAAAAUUUUAUUUGAAAACAAUGUGAAAUUAGCAUUAAACCGUUGUUCGUACCUGUUGUUUGUUGUCGGCAUCUUAAACUCCCUAUUGCUUAUAACAAGGGAAUUGAACGGCACCCUGUUCAUACGAUCACUUCACUAACAUUGGCAAAUUUUUAUCGUUUUAAUUAACGGAGUUUCAUAGUAUUUACAACUUAUAUGAGAGUCUAUAUAACAUUUCUUUGUUUUUCAGUUACCUGACGGGUGCAUGCAACCACGUGACGUAGAGAAUGUCGAUCCAAGUGGUAUUGCUCUUCAAUCUGUUUCCAAAGUAGAAUCUGCUUAA